AUGUGGAUAUGGACUAAUCUGACUACUGGAACUGACUUUGUUCUCCUGGGGCUAUUCCACCACAUUCAGGUCCCCAGUCUCCUCUUCUCUCUCAUCUUUGUGGUGUUUCUUGUGACCCUUACUGGCAAUAUUAUGAUGAUAAUUCUCAUUUGGAUGGACCUUCGACUCCAUACAUCUAUGUACUUCCUUCUAAGCCAACUUUCCAUCAUGGACCUUUUAUAUACCUCAACUAUUUUCCCCAAGAUAGCUACUGAUUUCCUCUCUGGGAAGAAUACCAUUUCCUUUAUUAGCUGUAGGAUUCAGCUCUUCCUAUUCACAACACUUCUUGGAGCAGAGUUCCUUCUCCUGGCAGUCAUGGCUUAUGACCGCUAUGUCGCCAUAUGCCACCCUCUCCAUUACUCAGUUCUCAUGCGCCCUACAGUCUGUGCCUUCUUGGUGACUGGCACCUGGUUGGGUUCUCUGUUCAAUGCCUUGGCCCAUGCCAUUUAUAUUCUGAAUCUCCCUUACUGCUCCUCCUUGGAAAUCCAUCAUUUCAUUUGUGAGAUCCCAGCUCUCCUGAAACUUGUUUGUGCUGAUACAACUCAUUAUGAAAAUGGGCUUCAUGUCAGCAGUGUUGUGUUCCUUCUCAUUCCAAUAUCUGCCAUUAUGGCCUCAUACGGGCAGAUACUCUCCACUGUUUUGAGAUUAGGAUCAAACUUAGGGACAAGAAAGGCUUUGACCACCUGUUCCUCCCAUAUGAUUGUCGUGUCUCUCUUCUAUGGAACAGCCAUCAUCAAGUACUUUCUUCCCAAAGCCUAUCAUACCACAGAGCAGGAUGAAGUAGUAUCUGUCUUCUACACUAUUGUAACUCCCAUGCUCAACCCCCUCAUCUACAGUCUUCGAAACAAAGAGGUGUCUGCAGCCCUCAGGAAAGUGCUGGGAAGGUAA